UGGAGGAGGAGAGUGCUUAAAGGCCUCUGGCUCUCUCCUUAUUUCUUUCACAUUCCUUCUCACUCAAGAUUCAGUCUCACGUGCCAUCCACUUUUACCACAUCUAGCCAUGUACCUCCACUCUGCUCACCAUAUGCUAGCCAAGAAUUAGAAGCCAGGGAACUAAGUUCUCCAGCAUGGAAAAGUAGAGACUACAAGGCAGAAAAAACAAAGAAAAGAAGAAGAAGAAGAAGAAGAAGAAGAAGAAGAAGAAGAAGAAGCAGAAGCAGAAGCAAUGCCAUCCUCGCGCGGCCGGAAAAAGUCGGAAGUCCAACAUGGUGUCAAGAGCAUUGGUUGCAUGUCUGGGAUUUUUUAUCUGCUCCAAGGCCACAGACUUGACCAGAAAAGGCUCACGCAAGCAGCAGCAAAACCCGACCGGAUUCUGACUUCGAACACUUCACAAUUCAAAGAGAUCGUCACGACUCAUUUCUCCAGCAAUGCCGAGAAGCAGAAGAAGAUCAGAUCGAAGAAGCAAGAACCCAAGUCACCCGCAGCACCAGCCUCAGAUCCCAGGCGGCUGUCUUGCAACAACCCCCGCAGCCCGACGCUGCCGGCGGAGAUGAGGCGCCAGUCCUCGGAGAUGUCCGGGAAGGAGAAGUUGCACCGGCAGCCGGGCGUGGUAGCGAGGCUGAUGGGCCUCCAGGAUUUCCCAGACGCAGUGGUACGUCGCCCGGACCCGCAGGAGACGACCUCGGAGAAGCGGCGAAGGAUCUUGGGAGCGCUGGAGAAGUGCGAGGAGGACCUCCACACUCUGAAGAAGAUAAUUGAAGCGAUUCAUGUGGUGGAGAAGUGCGGCCGGAAGCCGGUGAUGCCGGUGGCGGCUCCGCCUAAAGUGGUGGUGGAAAUGAAUCUUAAAGGUGGUGGUGGUGGUAGUUGGUUGAAGGCGGAGCACUGCAAGUUUCCGACGAGCCCAACGGCGAGGUCUCCAUUGCAUGGAAGGAGGUGCAUAGAGCCCAACAGCGACCAGCCGAGCCCAGUGUCCGUGCUGGAUGACUCGGCUUUCUUUAGUCAUGAUGAACUCACCCCCGUCAAGAACAAAGAAGUAAGCCAAGAAGCCAAGGAAACAGGGAGCAGCAACUUGUUUCCGAUAUUGAAGGAGUCGGACAAGUACCAGAGACUGGUGGCAGAUGCCUAUGCGAAGCCCUGUGAAGCUGCAGGUGCAGGGGACAGCAGCGGCGGCGCCCCAAGGAAGGCUCCUUAUGUGACUGCCAUUGAAGAGGAGGAACUGACGGAGGUGAUGCAACAGAGCGCAAAGAAGGAAGGGGUGGAGUUAGAAAGGAUUGGAAUGAUGUUAGAAGCUCACGUAUUCGGUGCACUGUUGGAGGAGACGGUCAGUGAAUUGGGGGUUUCUUGGAGGCCUGCUUCUUCCAUGGCGUUCUUAAGGUGCAGAAAGAGACUCUACUUCUAGUUCUACCAUCUGAUACGAAAGAGUUUCUGUCUUGGUCUGAUGGCGGAGGAAUUUGGCGGAGUGGACCCGUGAAUCGGGUGAUGCGUUUCUUUAUAACUAAAAAGUUGCUGAAUUAAGGUGGUUUUCCAAAUAAUGGUUAUACAAAAUAAAAGUGCAUAACAAUUGUGUUCCCCUAAUUGCAAAGCUUUGAAACAACAUCGCUACUUUA